AGAAGGGGAUCGAAUAGGAAGCAAGGCAAAGGCAGUCGAGUAGCCAGAAAUCGCAGAUGGAGGCAGCCCUUUUGAGCGUUUUGCUGAAAAAUCUCGCUUCGAGGAUGCUCUCGCUGGUAGAUCAGAAGUACAAUUUGUAUAAGGGCUUCGAAGGCGACGCGAAAUUCCUGACGAUGGAGCUCGCCAUGAUCCAUGGUGCCAUUGACGAGGGGCUCUCGGCGGCGGCGACGACGGCGGGGAAUCGCGGAAGCAGCGUGCUGCACUUGUCGAUUGAAGAGAUCCGCGACCUGGCUCGCGACAUGGAGGACUGCGUAGAUCGCAUCGUUUAUCACGAGACCCGGGAGCAGCAAGCGUCGCGUAUCGCUAGACCUCUGAAUUUCGCUAGGCUUCAGCUAGCUAAGGAGAUGCAGAGGCUGAGGAAGAGAGCGGAGGAAGCAAAAGAGCGGCGAGAAAGAUACACGGUGCCGGUGGUGCUCGGCCAGUCCCCCCCUACAACUCUCGGUGACGGGGAAAGCCCCCAGCAGGCUGAGCUUGUUGGCAUCGACGGGCCCCGGGAAGAGCUUUUGGCGCAUCUUGGGGAAGCCGGUGGAGAAGGGGAGAAGAAGAAGACGCUGAAGGUGAUAUCGAUCGUUGGGUUCCGCGGAUUGGGGAAGACCGCGCUUGCAAGGGAGUUGUACAACAGCGAUCUCGGCCAGAGUUUCAGUAAACGGGCCUGGGUUUCUGCGGCGCAUAGGAGUCCGAUGGAGGUGUUGAUGGACAUAAUCCGACAGGUGUCGAAGACGACGGCAUCAGAUGCCUCCGCUGUCGACCUACACCAGCUUAAUGCAGCUCUGGGUGAUCAGCUGACCAACUCGAGGUAUUUCAUUGUGAUAGAUGACAUGCAAAGAGAUUUAUGGAGUACUAUAGGAUCUGCCUUCCCCAAGGAUGGAUUCAGCAGCAGAAUAGUGGUGACCACAACAAUGCAAUCAGUAGCUAAAGCCUGCCGUUCAGCCAACAGCUAUGUAUAUAAAAUUAGAAGGCUAGAUAAGAGACAAUCAAAAACAUUGUUCUUGAACAAUGCUUGUCCGGAGGAAUAUUCAGAUUACCCCCAGCCUGAUUCAGCACAGAUCUUGAAGAAAUGUGAUGGUCAAGCUCUUGCCCUCGUUACAGUAGGCAAAUUUGUCUUGGAAAAUAUGGAGUGGCCAACAGGAGCCAACUGUAACAAUGCUCAUAACUAUCUACGCCAUCAUCUGGAGAACAAGAGCGAGAACUGUGAAGAUGCCUUACAAAGGAUGCGACAGGUGCUGAUUCAUCACUACUCUAUGCUGUCUGACCAUGCUCUCAGAGCCUGUUUUCUAUAUGUUGGCAUGUUUCCCAGUGGUUAUCCAAUCAGGAGGAAAAGACUUCUGAGGCGAUGGUCAGCUGAAGGAUUUGUAGAAGCGCUACCUUCAGGUUCUACUCCGGAUCCAGCAGCUGAAAAUUUCAAUAACCUCAUCGACAGAAAUAUCAUUCAACCCAUUGCCUUAAGCAGCAACGAGGAGGUGAAGACAUGUCAAACUUAUGGCAUGAUGCGCGAGUUCAUUUUGCUCCGGUCUAUUUCUCAGGAUUUCAUUUCUUUCUGUGAUGAUGGGAAGCUCCAAUACCAACAUGUCCGUCGCCUUUGUCUCCAAAACAAUACUGCUGUAGAUGGCGGCAGUCUCGACAUUGAUUUAUCUCUUGUCCGAUCUCUGGUAGUAUUUGGAAAGGCAGGUAAAACUAUUUUGAAUUUCAAGAAGUAUCGGCUGCUUCGAGUCUUAGAUCUUGAAGAAUGCACUGACUUGGAUGAUAAUCAUCUCGGUCACGUGUGCAAACUUUUUCUUCUAAGAUACUUGAGCCUUGGGGGCAAAGUCACCACACUUCCAGAAGAGAUAACUAAACUGAAACUUUUGGAGACACUUGAUCUUAAGAAAACUGGGGUGAAUAUCCUGUCAACAGAAGUUAUCAAGCUACCUCAUUUAACUAAUCUGCUUGGAAAGUUUAAGCUUCUGAAUAAAGCCAAGAGAAUUAAUGAACUGCAGAAGUUUCUGUCAUCUGUGAACUGUAGAUUGCAGACACUAACAGGAUUUAUAACGGACGGAAGUGAAGGAUUUCCAGAACUUAUGGGCCACAUGAAGCAACUGAGAAAGGUGAAAGUAUGGUGUACUGAGCUAUCAUCGAGUAGUUCUGGGUUUACUAAUCUUCAAAAUGCAAUUCAAAACUUUAUACAUGACGAAAACAGUGCGUCCAAUGAUCCCCGUUCUUUAUCGCUUAACUUUGAUAAUUGCCCUGAAGACUUCCUGUACAAGUUAAAAGCCCAAUGCUACCUUAGAUCGUUGAAACUACAUGGUAAAUUACUUAAAUUGCCUCAGUUUGUGGUACAAUUGCGUGGCCUGCAGGAGCUGUGCAUUUCGUCAUCACCUAAAUUGUCGGCGGGUCUUCUUUCAGCUUUGAGUAACCUGAGGAAAUUGAAGUAUCUUAAGCUGAUUGCAGACGAACUUGAUAAGUUCAUUAUUAAGGAUAAUGGAUUGCCAAGCCUGCUAAGCCUGUGUUUUGUGCUAAUCCGUCCGACAUUCCCGGUAAUGAAAGAAAAUGCUUUGCGGUUUCUCAAAUCACUCCAUCUCCUCUGUGAAAAUCUAGAUGGGCUUUCAGGCAUCAACAUUAAUGGUCUCAAACGCCUCGAGGAAGUCAUUCUUCAUGCAAAUGUGAAGGAAACGACACAAGUUGCAUGGGAAAGUGCAGCUAUGGAACACCCCAAUAGGCCAAAAGUUUUGGUGCUCGAAAAGGUUGAUCUAACAGAUGGUGGUCACGAAGAAGAUGAAUCUACUGUUGCAUUACAAGGACAGGAAUUAGGAAACGGAGCACAGAUUGACGAACUGAACAAUGCUACCAAGUAAUAUGUCACUUGCCAUGGUUUCCCCUUCUUUUACUGAGCCGUGCAAUGCUGGAAACGGCGUGGUGGUGGAGCCUUCUUGUGUUUGAUGAAAAUAUGGUCAGUUUCAGCAAAUAAUUCUCUUCUCUGUUCAAUUUGGAAUGAAAUUCAACUAAGAUGCCUAUGGAACAACUUUGCAAAAGGAAAAAAAAUCUACUUGAUUGCAGUUGUACAGCAUUUCCUGUAUAUUACAAGUUUAGGUAAAUUAAAGAUAAAGUCAGAAAAUUUUAGACAAAAGUACAAGAGCUCCGGUAUGGUGCUAUCAAUAGAAAUGAAUAGUAGCCACUGAUGUAUUUUAUUAGAGGGUUCAGAUCUAGGUCAAAAUAACAUAGGACGGAGGGGGUAAAAUUGAAUAUUUCCCUAUGCGAAAAAAUAUGUUGUAUAUGAUGUAAUGAAUAGAUAAAAACAUUUUAUGAAAAAUUGAUAAAAUUCUAAAGAUCAAUAUUACCUUAAAUCACCGAGUUAGUAAAGUACUAGUAUACACAGUGUCAUGUUAGAUGGAAUACCAUUUCUUUGAUUUAUAUGUGUUGUG